UGCGUAUAAUAUAUAUACGACACACUUGAUUUUAACAAUUUCACAACUGGGUUUUGUAAUCUGAUCCAGGAGAAUUACGAUCAUUAGGGGAAAAAGGAGUGUAAAAAGAGUGGUUCUUGAUUAAAUUAAACGGGAGGACGCCAUGGAUCCGUGUCCUUACGUGCGAAUACUCGUCGGAAGUUUAGGAUUGAAGUUUUCCGGUGGUACUACACCGCCGUCGACAUAUUAUUGCAAGAUUAAACUCAAAAACGAUCUUACCCAGUUCGCGGAUAUCAGUUCUAUCGCAGAUGGUGAUGGUAAUCAAGUUAAUGAUCAAGUUCAAGCUUGCUUUAAUUUGAAGAAAUCUGAGUUUGAUAAGCUCGUUGAUAAAUCAAACGUGUUAAAGAUGGAGGUUUAUUCGGGCCGGAGGAGUAAUCCGAUUUGUGGGUUUGGGAGCAGUAAGCUUCUUGGAGUUGUGACGGUGGGUUUGGAUUCGGAGGCGGUUUCCGGUGGUGGUAACCGUGGAUGUUCGGUGGUUCGGAACGGGUGGGUAGGGAUUGGUGAUCGGAGUUCGAAAAAUCCGGUUCAGUUGCAUUUGAGUAUUCGGGUCGAACGUGACCCGAGAUUUGUGUUCGAGUUUGAUGGUGAACCCGAGUGUAGCCCACAAGUAUUCCAAGUGAACGGGAAUCUUCGUCAAGCUGUGUUUACUUGCAAAUUCAGUUUCAGAAACAAUAGAGAACAGAAAUUGAGAUCUGAUUCGUCGUUAUCGGAAACAAAGAACUCAAAAAUAUGGUUAAGAUCGAUACGAAAUGAUAAAGAAAAGCCUGUAAAAGAACGAAAAGGAUGGUCAAUUACAAUUCACGAUCUUUCCGGUUCGCCGGUGGCUAUGGCGUCAAUGGUGACGCCGUUUGUCCCAUCAAACGGAACAGACAGCGUCUGCUCGUCGAACCCCGGCGCGUGGCUCAUUCUCCGACCGGGUCACAGCACGUGGAAGCCAUGGGGCCGUUUGGAGGCGUGGCGGGAGUCGAAAGGUAAAGAUCACCUCGGCUACCGGUUCGAGCUUCUACCGGACGCCGCCGUGAGUGGGCUGGAUCCGGUGACGUUAUCCAACUCCACCAUCAGCUCCAAAACCGGUGGGAAAUUCACCAUAGACAUGAGUAAUGGAAGCUCACCGAAUUCCACCCCAAAUGGGAGUUUCGGAUCCGGGUCUGGGUCAGGCUCUGAUUUCGAAAUCGGGUCAUGGGCGCAUUUGAUGUAUCAAGGUUUUGUGAUGUCGUCAUCGGUGGCCGGCGGAGGACGGUGUAGUAAGCCGGAGGUGGAAGUUGGUGUUCAGCACGUGACAUGCACGGAGGAUGCAGCCGCUUUUGUUGCAUUGGCGGCGGCGAUGGAUUUGAGUAUGGAUGCUUGUCAGCCGUUCUCUAGGAAGCUCCGAAAGGAGCUGAGGCACGACGGCGAAGAGUCGAUAUUUUAAUUUUAAUUUUUUUUUUUUCCGUUUUGAAGAAUGUUCUAGAAGAGAGUGUACAGUCAAAUUCAGUCGCAUAUGUUUUUUUUUGGAAUGUUUGAUGGGUUUUGUCUUUUUGUUUGGGAAGAUGAAUGUAUGUACAGCUGUUUCUUUAAAGACAUCAAAAAAUCAAUUAAAAAUUGUUUCGACUUUUCA